GGUUCCCAGCCCGGGCUGAGUUCGCUUCGCCCGGUGUCCGCGUGCUGAGAGUUUUGUUGCCCUCGGAUGCCCCUCUUGAUAUGGAGAAGAUUGAGGAACAAUUUGCCAACCUACACAUUGUUAAACGCUCCUCGGGAACGGAAGAGCCUACUUACCUGCUUGGCGUGGACACCUCCAGGACUGUACGUGCAGAAGAGGGAAGCUUGGUCGCUGCUUUGUGUUCCAGUGGAUCCAUCAGAAUAUAUGACAAAGAAAGGUUACGUGUACUACGAGAAUUUAGUGGCAGUCCCGGGCUUCUGAGUGGAGUCAAAUUUGCAAAUUCCCGUGAUAGUGUAUAUUCAGCGUGUACUGAUGGCACUGUGAAAUGUUGGGAUGCUCGCUUAGCCAGCGAGAAGCCCGUUCAUCAGUUCAAGGGUUACCCUUCCAAUGUCUUUAUCAGUUUUGACAUCAGUUGUAAUGACCAUGUCAUUUGUGCUGGUACAGAAAAAGUUGAUGAUGAUGCCCUGCUGGUCUUCUGGGAUGCCAGGGUUAAUCCUCAAGGCUUGUCUGCUGCCAAAGACCCACUUGGGACCUAUUCAGAAACACACAGUGAUGAUAUCACGCAGGUCCGAUUCCAUCCCAGCAACCCCCACCUCGUGGUCUCAGGCUCAACUGAUGGCCUGGUAAAUGUGUUUGAUAUUAGCAUCGAUAAUGAAGAGGAUGCCCUGGUUACAACCUGUAACUCAGUUUCAUCAGUAAGCUAUAUAGGUUGGUCUGGGAAAGAUUAUAAACAGAUUUACUGCAUGACACAUGAUGAAGGGUUUUGCUGGUGGGACCUUAAUCACUUGGAUACCGAUGAACCCAUUACACGUUUAAGCAUCCAGGAUGUCAGAGAGACAAUUACUGUGAAAGAAGGUACUUUGGACUAUUUGGUUGGCGGCCUCUAUCAUGAAAAGAUGGACAAAUUGUUUGUUAUCGGAGGAACAAACACAGGCAGGAUUCACUUACUGGACUGCACCACAUCAGGGCUGACGCAUGUGGCCGCUCUGCAGGGAGGGCAUGCGGCCACAGUCCGAUCUUUUUGCUGGAAUGUAUGUGAUGACUCCUUGCUGACGGGGGGAGAAGAUGCACAGUUGUUGCUUUGGAAACCUGCAGCCGUGGAGAAAACCUUUGCGAAGAAGGACAGCAUGAAAAUCGCAUCCUCUGUGCACCAGCGAGUGCGGGUUCACACCAGCGACACUUACAAGAGAAGGAAAAAGCAGUAAGGUGAAACUGGAAUUCAUGUGGUGGAAGAAUGCAAGGGCAACAGAAGUUCUGAGGAGUGGGCCUGGUGAUGAAGGUCUGAAUGGGACGUGUCUGGCUGCCGUGUCUGCCUCCAGCUUCUUGCAAACUCUGAAAAGCAGCAGGUGUGGGCUCCAGUCGUCCGGGUUUCUGCCACCCACACCGGAGAGCUGGCUUGAGUUCCUGGCUCUCAGCUUCUUCAGUCCUGGUCUAGUCCCUGCCAUUGUGGGCCUUUUGGAGAGUGAAUCAGCAGGUGAGGUGCUCUGUGUGUAUCUUUAAAAAAUAAUACUACUGCUAAAAGAGAAAUAAUCCGCUAACCAGUGGAUGGAAGAUCUGUCUCUCCUCUCUAUAAAUCUGCCUUUCCAAUAAAAAUAAUCUGAACACACAUAAGAAAUACAGGUCAGAGCCAAGGCAACUCUCUAUAACUCUUGCCUUUCAAAUAAAAAUAAGAAAUUAUAAAUAC